AUGACGAUUGAUGAGGAGGAUCGACCCCAUGGGUCAAACCUAAGCCCGCUCGCCCCUGAUCCUCCUGGCCAACUGGAUAUCCUUGGGCAUAAUCGUCACCCUCUUAGCAUGAAUGGCGCAGAGGUUGGUGUCCUCGAACAGACCCACCAGGUACGCCUCGGCCGCUUCCUGCAGGGCGGAGACGGCGGAGCUCUGGAAGCGGAGGUCUGUCUUGAAGUCCUGCGCGAUUUCCCUGACAAGCCUCUGGAAGGGGAGCUUCCGGAUGAGCAGCUCGGUGCUCUUCUGGUACUUGCGAAUCUCCCUGAGAGCCACCGUGCCGGGGCGGAAGCGGUGGGGCUUCUUGACGCCGCCGGUGGCGGGGGCGGAUUUCCUGGCGGCCUUGGUGGCCAGCUGCUUCCUCGGAGCCUUGCCGCCGGUGGAUUUCCUCGCAGUCUGUUUGGUACGCGCCAUUUGACCAGUGAGUUGGAUCGAUGUAUUAGGGAAUUUGAGAUUAAUGGUUUGAGGAGGGAAAUUCAGGCGGGUUGGGGGGAAUUUGAUCUUUCUGAAAGAGGGGAUGUUUGUUGGCCGUUGGAUGUGAAGUAG